AUGGACGUGACCAUCUCCGAGCUGAUGGAGCUCUUCCUGCAGAGCCCGCUCGUCACCUGGGUGAAAACGUUUGGACCAUUUGGAAGUGCUAACGAAGACAAAUUGACUAUGUACAUGGAUCUAGCGGAUGGCAUCUUUUUAAACAAAAUCAUGUUGCAAAUAGACCCAAGACCAACAAACCAGCGCAUUAACAAGCACGUCAACAAUGAUGCAAACCUUCGAAUUCAAAAUCUCACCAUUUUGGUCAGAAGCAUCAAGACUUACUACCAGGAAGUCCUCCAACAGCUGAUUGUGAUGAAUUUACCAAACGUAUUGAUGAUAGGCAAAGACCCCCUAUCUGGUAAGAGUAUGGAUGAAAUUAAGAAGGUGCUGCUGUUGGUACUGGGCUGUGCUGUUCAGUGUGAAAGAAAAGAGGAGUUUAUUGAAAGAAUCAAGCAACUGGAUAUUGAGACCCAAGCUGGGAUUGUCGCACACAUUCAAGAGGUGACCCACAACCAGGAGAAUGUGUUCGACCUGCAGUGGUUGGAGCUCCCAGAAAUGGCCCCGGAGGAGCUGGAGGCCCUCUCAAGGAACAUGGUGUUUCACCUUAAAAGGCUCAUUGAUGAGAGGGAUGAGUGCACAGAGCUGAUAGUGGAUCUCACUCAAGAAAGGGACUAUCUGCAGUCCCAGCAGCCGCUCAGCCCUGUAGUCUCCUCCAGUGCAGACUCCACCCCCAGCCCAACGAGCAGCCUCUCCAGUGAGGACAAGCAGCACUUGGCUGUAGAGCUGGCAGACACCAAGGCCAAACUAAGGAGGCUCCGACAGGAACUGGAAGAGAAAUCGGAGCAGCUUGUGGACACAAGGCAUGAAGGUGAACAACUAAUACUGGAACUGCAGAAAAUCAAGCAGGAGAAUGUCCACCUUGCAGCUGAUGCCCGGUCUGCCCGGGCCUAUCGUGACGAACUGGAUUCCUUGAGGGAGAAAGCAAACCGAGUGGAGAAGCUGGAGACUGAGCUGAUCAGGUGUAAAGAGAAACUGCAUGAUGUGGAUUUUUACAAAGCUCGCAUGGAGGAGCUUCGGGAAGAUAAUAUCAUUCUAAUUGAAACCAAGGCAAUGCUGGAGGAACAGCUCACAGCAGCACGAGCCAGGGGUGAUAAAGUGCAUGAACUGGAGAAAGAGAACUUGCAGCUGAAAUCCAAACUUCAUGACCUUGAACUGGAUCGAGACACUGAUAAGAAACGAAUUGAGGAACUUCUAGAAGAGAACAUGGUCCUGGAGAUUGCUCAGAAGCAGAGUAUGAAUGAAUCGGUUCACCUGGGCUGGGAAUUAGAACAGCUUUCCAAAAAUGCUGACCUCUCAGAUGCAUCCAGGAAGUCGUUUGUGUUUGAGCUGAACGAGUGUGCAUCGAGUCGCAUUUUGAAGCUGGAAAAGGAGAACCAGAGUCUUCAGAAUACCAUCGAGGAGCUGAGAGAUGUCUCCCUAAUGGUAGAGGAAAGCAACCUGAAGUUUGUGGAACUGGAAAAGGAAAAUCACCAGCUUGGCAAAAAGAUUGAAAAGUUGCAAAGCCAGCUUGAAAGAGAGAAACAGAGCAACCAGGAUUUGGAGACCUUAAGCGAGGAACUGAUCAAAGAGAAGGAGCACCUGCAAGGUGACAUGGAGGCUGUGAGAGCUGAUAAGGACAGACAGAUAAAAGACCUGGAACAAGAGAAGGACCACCUCAAUCAAGUGGUUUGGUCCCUGAGAGAACGAUCCCAGGUCAGCAACGAGGCUCGUGUGAAAGGCAUUGAGAAAGAAAACAAAGCCCUCCACGAAACGGUGACUGAGACGAGCAGCAAGCUCAGUAAGGCAGAGUUUGAAAAGAAGCAGCUGCUCAAGGACUUUGAGCAAGCGAAAGAAAAAGUGGAGCGGGUCGAGGAAAUAGAGAAGGAGCUUCACCGGCUAGAACGAGAAAACGAGAAGCUGACCAAGAAAGUCACCUCCAUGAAAAUCAUCACAGAGAAGGUAGAUGCCCUGGAGCAGGAAAACGGGGGCCUGGAAGUGGAGAAUAGGAAGCUGCGGAAAUCACUAGACACAUUGCAGAAUGUCUCUGUACGACUCGAGGGCUUGGAGCAUGACAACAGGCAGCUGGACGAAGAAAACUUGGAGCUGCGCAAGAUGGUGGAGGCUAUGCGUUUCACGAGUACCAAGAUGGCCCAGAUAGAAGCUGAAAACAAAGAACUUGAGAGGGAGAAGGAAGAGCUCAGGAAAAACGUGGAACUGUUGAAAACCUUGAGCAAGAAGUCAGACAGGUUGGAGCUGAGCUACCAGAGCCUGAGCACAGAAAAUCUGAGGCUUCAGCAAAUCGUGGAGAACAGCAACAAGAAGACUCAGGACCUGGAGCGAGAGCUUGGGGAAUUGGAAGCAGAAAACCAGGUCCUGCAGAGAAGUUUUGAGGAGCUGAAGAUGACCAACAAGCAGCUUGAAAGAUUUGAGAAGGAGAAGAAAGUGCUGGAGCAGGAGGUGGGCCAGCUGGAGAAAGAGAAAAAGACGCUGGAGAAGGAAGCCAAACGACUCUGGCAACAGGUGGAGCUCAAGGAUGCCAUUUUGGAUGACAACACAGUCAAACUGGCCACCGCCGAGAAGGAAAACAAAACACUAGAAAAAGAAAUUGCUCAUUUUAGGGAUUCCACUAGCAGGCUGAAAGAGCUGGAAAAGGACAAUAAAGACCUGGUCAAGCAAGUUACCAUUCACACACGCACACUAACCACCCUGAGAGAGGACUUGGUCCUUGAGAAGCUAAAGACCCAACAACUGUCCAGUGAACUAGACAAACUGAGCCAGGAGCUGGAGAAGUUUGGAUUGGACAAAGAACUGCUGUUGGAGGAUGAUAACAGUAACGAUAACAAAAAACAUAAGUUUCUGGAGAGCAGAAAUGAAUCCUCACUAAAAUCAACACUAUGCAUGAAGGAAGACAAGAUUGUGUUUUUAGAAGCUCAGGUGGAAGAGACUGUGAGCUUGAAUCAUCAAUUACAAAAUGAGUUGAAAAUGGCGAAGGAGAACUACGAAAUUCUCAAACGGAGUCAGGAGGAAGGGAGACUCUUGCAGAACUCGGAAAAGGGAUUAUCCCCUGACGAGGUAAAAGAGAACUGGACCCCGGGACAGAGAGAAGCAACACUGGAGCUGCUGAAAGUGAAAGACAGAGCCAUAGAGCUGGAACGGAAUAAUGCUGCCCUGAACGCAGAGAAACAGCUGCUUAAGGAGCAGCUCAAGCAUUUGGAAACCCAGAAUGUGUCCUUCAACAGUCAGAUCCUGACACUCCAGAAGCAGAGUGCCUUCCUCCAAGAACAUAACAUGGCACUGCAGACUCAGACAGCCAGCCUCCAGGUGGAGAAUUCAACUCUGAGCUCUCAGAGUGCUUCUCUUAUGGCUCAAAACACUUUGCUCCAGAACCAGCAGACAGCUAAGGAGAAUGAGAAUGAGAGUAUACUGAAACAAAAGGAGCAGAUAAAGUCAGCCUAUGAGUCCCUGCUUCAGGAUCACCAGCACCUCGGCGCAUUGCAUGAGCGACAGUCCUCUGAAUACGAAAGGCUGAUAAACCAGCACAGCUGCCUGAAGACCCUGCACAAAAAUCUGGAAUUGGAGCACAAGGAACUGGGGGAAAGGCACAACAAUGUUAUGAAACACAAGUCUGAAUUGGAAGAACUAGAAACUGUUCUGAAGACAGAGAGAGAGGCUUUGCAGCAAGAAAAGAGAACCAAUGCAAUUGCUACCGGUGAAAACCAGAAACUACGGGAUGAAUUGGACAGAGUGAACUGCCUGCACAUCCAGCUGAAGGGAGAGUAUGAGGAGCUACACUCCCACACCAAGGACCUGAAAACUUCUCUGAACAACUCGCAGCUGGAGCUGAACCGCUGGCAGGCUCGUUUCGAUGAGCUGAAGGAACAAAACCAAAGCAUGGACCUCUCCAUGACCAAACUGGACAAUCACUGUGAGCUCCUUGCUCGCCUCAAAGGGAACCUGGAGGAAGAGAACCACCACCUUCUGAGCCAGAUCCAGAUGCUGAGCCAGCAAAACCAAAUGCUCCUGGAGCAGAAUAUGGAGAACAAGGAGCAGUUCCACGAGGAGCAGAAACAGUACAUAGACAAACUGAAUUCCUUAAAGAGACAUAAGGAAAAACUAGAAGAAAAAAUAAUGGAUCAGUACAAAUUUUACGAUCCUGCUCCAAAGAAGAAAAACCACUGGAUUGGAGCCAAAGCUUUAGUCAAAUUCAUCAAACCAAAGAAAGAGGGUGCAAGAGAGCGAUUAAAAUCAACAGCAGAGAGUCCUCCCUGCCAGCUGGAAUCCACAGAUGCCGCUUCUCCAUCUGCUUCCCAACCUCUCAGGUUGCAGCCAGAGAACCCAGAUAAUAUCCUUUCGGGGCCAGACUGCCCGGAAGAGAGAGAGAAUCACAAUGGACCCUUGGUGAAAGGCCCCAGUGACCCGAAGCAGAAACGAGGCUCCCCGCACCCAAACAGGAGCGACAGCUUUGAAGCCUCAGCAGAUGGUGUUGGCAAGCACUGCCACGCAGAACUGAGCUCCCGGGCCUUCUCAACCCCUGCCAUCCACGUGACCCCAUCCACUUCCACGUCCACUGCAAGACGCCUGAGCCGGCCCAAAGGAUACAGUUCAGAUGACAAUCUUUGUGAACAGUCCCUUGCUGUCGAAGCUCACAACAGCAGGAAACAUGUGUCCAGGCCUAAUAGUUUGGACAGCAGUCGAAACCCGUCCAGCAGCAGCUCACCUCUGAACUUGAAAGGCUCUUCUGACUGGAUCCACGGCAGAUCUGAGAGCUUCAGCAGUGAAGACCUGAUUCCAAGCAGAGAGCCGGCUACCUUGCCCCGGGACAGCUCUUUCAGCCGCACAACCCCGGCGAGUCAGGGGCCAGGCCACCGGCAGGAGCCAGGGCUUCCCAGGAACGCCCUGCUCCCCCAUGAGCCGCCCCACAAAAAUCACCCAGGCCACAUUCACCAUGGUCGGCCCUGCUCUGCCUCUCCGGGCAGUGAAAUGGUGACUCUGGAAGAGUUCUUGGAAGAAAGCAACAGGGCUUCUCCAUCAAAUGACAAUGGCAGUAGUGGAGAUGACCUGUUGAAUGGCUACUUCAGCAGAGCCAACGACCCACCGCCCCUCAUUGGGAACCAGCUGGGUCAGGCUGCCAGGAAGGAGGGAUCCAGGAUGCCCACCAGUCUCGUGUCCCCGACUGUCAAAAUGGCUGUCCACACGGCCGAGGGGAGGCUCCUCAAACCAGGGCAGUAUGUGAAACCGAGUCCCAGGCAGCCUGAGGCCGAGUCCCCAUCUAAUGCUCCGGGCUCUCAAAGGCUGGCUCAGUCUCCUCAGAAUCUGCCGCCAGGCCGGCUGAGGCAGCCUGCCCCAGCCCUUCAGGGCAGCACCCCUGGCACCACCAGAGGCACCUCCCUGAGCAGAGCAUUCAGCCUCGCUUCGGCGGACCUGCUCCGUGCAAGUGGUCCAGAGGCAUACGGGCAUGAGCCCCCGCAGAAGCCCGGGUCAGACACUCCCGGGAGCAGAGAGGCGGGUGGCCAUGCUGCAAGGGCAGCCACUCCGGGGAGCUCCCAAGCUCUCCUGAGGGACCGGCCCCAGUCUGCCAAGGCAGUAGGCUCCUCUCAGGGGCUCGGCUGUCGCCACCGGCCGUGUGACCCAAGACGCUUCUCCUUGGCACCGCCGAAAGACGAGCGGCUGCCAGCUCUCCAGCAGUCUUCCACGUCCCCUGCCAUUUCUGCCAGUGUCCAGCAGGAGCGAGGGGGUGCCCCCUCUGGGCAGGCCUUCUCCCCGAUGCCCCACACACCCGCUAAGGGCAGAUCCAAGACCCUUCCGCGUGCUGGGGAGGUGGCCACCGUCGCGCCGGUCCGCGUGGGGCCCGGCCUCUCUGACGGAGAAGGGUCUCAAGGCCAGAACUCUGGGGAGGGCUACACUGCCAAAAGCCAGAGAAAGUCUCCCGACUCCACUCCUGGGACAGCUGGCCCCGAGGAAUCGGGCAGAGGGACCAUCCCGAAGAGCGCCCCCGCGUCUCCGGAGCCAAAUGGGGAGCAGCAGACGGUGUGGUACGAAUACGGCUGUGUCUAACUGCAGAGGGAUGAUCGGGGAAAUAAGCACAUGUCAGUUGGAACUGCUGACAGUUUGGUCUAGUUGAACUACGGUGGCUUUUUUUGCCCCCCGUGAUGGGGGUGGGACAGAGAUUGGAAUCAAGGGAGUGAUUUCUUUUCAUCCACUGUGCCAAGUCUGGAAAAAGCAAGUUUGGAUCACCACGUGUUUUUUCUACUGCUUCCUGUAAUUUAUUUCUUUUGAACAGAGUCCACUUCUGCCUGGUGGCCAGUUAAAAAAGAAUGGCAACUCACGUUUCUUUUAAUGGAAACCAUCAUAAAUCAUUUCCCUUCCUCCUGUUCUUCCUACUGUCAAAAUACUGACAGGAACAACUCAUAUUUGCCACUGACUGGUCUGGACUGAUGUGGAAGCCCAUAGAAGUUAAUGGACGUCAGCUAGAGUCCCACCGGCCCAGGCCGGAACUGGCUCUCACCCCCCUGGCCUGCUGGGCUGGGUAGGGCAGAGCUGGCACUGUGCAACCCAGGCGGGAUUGGACAAGGCUUCCAACCACCCGGGAUUUGGGGCUGGGGCACUGCCACCAGUGAGUGGUAAUUUGGCACAUACACUUGAACCAUAGACUACUGAGACUUCAAUGCCAAGGAGCCCAGCGGGUGGCACCAGUCGCAAAACAGUGCCUCCAAGAAGGGAACCAGGGACCCAACUGGAUCCAAAUACCACAGUAAUUCCGGGCUGUGCGCGGGCCAAAGCCAGGCCAGGCCGGGCUUGAGGAUUCUCCAGUGCAGGGCUAGGAUGUGGCAGGCGUUCGACUCCAAGCUCCCAAAUCUGCCCCCAAAGAUCCCUGGGAACUCGUGCUAAGGCAGAGGAAAAGACACCGAGGGGCUGAUGGAGAAUCAGCAAAUUUAUAUUAAAACUACAUUGUACAGCUAGGUUUCACAGCUCCCCAGCAUGGAGUCACUUCUCGGAUCAGUUUGUGCGUUGACGUGGGAGCAGCAGCAAGCAGGGCUGAAGGUCAGCAGGUUUGCUGGAUUCACCUCUUGGCUCUCAGACCCUCUGGGCUUUGCCUUUUAUGUAAUAUUUAUAGGAACAUGGAUGUUGGGUCUGGCGAGGCAAGUCGGGGGCAACCCCCUCUCCCCUUCCCCACCCCCCCACUGGCAUUUGUAGAUAACAUGUAAGUGAAGAAAUGAAGAUGUAAAGGAAUGCUGUGUACAUUUGAUUUUUUAACCUUAGUCAUGCCUUGGGUGUUUUUGCCUUCCUGACUGCCCAGGGCUUCCAAGUGCAGAUGACGCCUAUUUGUUAUCACUGAGUUACUUUUCGGGAUAGAAACCAAAAUUUUUUGUUUUCUUAAUAUAUAUUUUAUAUAUAUAAAUAUAUAUGCAGACACACAUACACAUGAGAAAGGUAUAUACUUUUAAAAAAUUAUAUUUAUGUUCCGGUGGAAGUUCCUUCAUUCAGGAGUCUUGUCAGUUGCUUUUGUACAUAGGAUGAGAUGUGUGUCUGGAUUUUAUUUCCUGUUCGUUAAGGUGGGUUUUUUUUCCUCUGAUGUACUAAACACCCCCAGAGUUUUUUAAAGACUUUUUCUUUUGCAGUUGGUGAUUAAUAUGGUGAGACAGAGAUGGAAGAAUUUUUAAGCUAUUAAACAGAUCCAUUUAGGAGUGUUUUUGAUAAUAUUAUGUAGCAAUCACAUUCUGGAAUUCAAGGACGGUAUUGUAAUAAAAUUGUAAAGAAAUCAGAA